AACUGGCUGACACCAGUCGGCAGAGCUGGCCGCGGCGGCCGGCGCUAUGACACGGCUUUCUACCUGUGCUGCCUGGAGAAGCGGCCGCCCCACACCUCGCAGGACCACCAAGAGGUGACAGCCUUCCUGUGGUCAUCACCUCCAGAAGCCAUUGAAUGCUUUAAAUCUCAAGAAAUAUGGUUUCCUCCACCCCAGUUCUAUGAAUUGUGUAGGCUGUGCAACUUCUCCUCACUCCACAAGUUACACAAGUUCAGCUCUGAUCGAGCUCUAGAGGGAUGUGAAUGCUGGAUGCCUGUGACGUUAACUGCUUCAGAUGGCUACAUUCAGCUGUUGCCAGGAGAUGAGUUAUAUCCAGAAGAUCCAGAUUAUACAGGAGAAAAGAAACUAAUAAUGUCUACAGAUAAGAAUGUUGAAGAUCUCAUGGAAGAGGGUAGUGUAUUUCACAGGAUAGUAAUAAAAACCAUCAACAAUCUUGCUGUCUAUGUUAAUAUUCCAGCAAAAUAUAAACACAUUAAUCCACUGACAAUAAACUCUGAUUGUUCAAAUUACAAUAGCAGAUUAUAG